GAAAGUCCAGCCCGGUUGCUCGCUCCCCACCCGGUUCACAGCAGCAGAAGCAGCCGCCGAUGCGCGCAGGGGGGGGGGGGAGGAGACGAGAAGGCGGGCCCACAAACGGCCCCAAACUUUCCUCCUCUCCGAACCAGACCUUCCUCCUGCAAAGGUCGGCGGUUGCUUUUUGCAGCCCGGGCGAACUUGCAAGCUUGCAACGCCUUGCUUGCCCGCGCAGAGCUCGCCGCCUUUGCUGCUCCGGCUCUCUCGCCUCCGCCAGGAGGGGGAAUUUGGGUAUUCCUGUAAAUUUCCUAAACGGAGGCGGGGCCUGGGUGGCAGGGCGGGGGAGGGGAAGGGAGCGAGAGAGAGAAUGACAUAUUGUCUGGCGGGGGAGGGCGAGGGAGCCCGGCCUUCCCCUCCCCUCGUCACCUCGCCCGCCGCCGCUUCGCCAUUGGAGCAGGCGCCGGUGACGCGCGGGGCCGCUGCCGGCUAUUAGAGGCAGGAGGAGGAGGAGGCGGCGGCGGAGGCUGCAGCCGCCAGAGAGCGAGCGAGACGGGCCGGGGAGCGCACGGGCGCCAGGGCGCGCGCACACGACGACGGCGGGCGCGGGCGCCGGACCCGGGCAGGGAAGCACAAGCCGCAGCAGCAACAGCAGCAGCAAGAGGAAACGGGGACGGAUCCAGGCGGGAGCCCAGCCUGCUCGCUCGCUCGCAGCCAGGCCGGGCGGGAUUAAAGCUGCCCCCUCCCCGCGCCGGCUGGUUGCAAAGGACGCAGCGCUUUGGAGAAACUUGCAUCGGCCGCCGGCGCCUCCUUUUUGCACGCUCAGCCCGGGAUUUGGGGUUUGCUUUUGCACGACGGAGCUCUCCCUUUUGCAGCGGGCACCGAGCGCGCCUUCGCCCGUGAGCCAGUGAGCGACGCCGCGAGAACCGGGUUUCUGCAACGCAAGUCCCGGGGAGCCGAGCCGCCGCGGCACAGCGGGGCUGAUUCGGAUUGGGGAGGGGGCCGGCGCUCCGGAUCGAGGUUGGGGCGACCCCCCCGCCCUCCAGCGCCGCAACCGCUCCUCUGCCCGGCCAGAGACCUUAAAGAAGUCCAAAAAGAGCGUGCGGGCCGCCAAAGGGCCAGCAUGCUAUGAGGCCGGGCCCCUCGCCCUCCAGAAGAAGAUGGCUGCGGAACUUUACCCGGCCAGCACCAACCUCGCCAACAGCAACGCCGCCGCCAACAGCAAGAAGAACGCCCUCCAGCUCCAGCAGAGCGCCCAGCCCCCGCCGCCCCCGCCCCUGCAGAACCUCAACAACAACAACUUGGAGAGCACCAACUGGCAGUCCUUCCACCCGACCCUGCGGGAGAGGAACGCACUCAUGUUCAAUAACGAACUGAUGGCUGACGUGCAUUUUGUUGUGGGCCCUGUGGGGGCAGCCAAGAAAGUUCCUGCUCACAAGUAUGUUUUGGCAGUCGGCAGCUCUGUCUUCUAUGCUAUGUUUUACGGGGACCUCGCGGAGGUCAAAUCUGAAAUCCAUAUUCCAGAUGUGGAGCCGGCAGCUUUUCUAAUCUUAUUAAAGUACAUGUACAGUGAUGAAAUUGACCUGGAAGCAGACACGGUCCUCGCUACCCUGUACGCUGCCAAGAAGUACAUUGUGCCUGCGCUGGCAAAAGCCUGUGUCAAUUUCCUGGAGACCAGCCUAGAGGCCAAGAACGCAUGCGUUCUGCUGUCUCAGAGCAGACUCUUCGAGGAGCCGGAGUUGACGCAGCGCUGCUGGGAGGUCAUCGACGCUCAAGCCGAGAUGGCGCUGAAGUCGGAGGGCUUCUGCGAAAUCGACCUGCAGACACUCGAGAUCAUCGUCACCCGGGAGGCGCUGAACACCAAGGAGGUGGUGGUGUUCGAGGCCGUUUUGAACUGGGCCGAGGCCGAAUGUAAGAGGCAAGGCCUGCCCGUCACGCCCAGGAACAAGCGGAAUGUAUUAGGGAAAGCUUUAUACUUGGUACGGAUUCCAACCAUGACUCUGGAAGAGUUUGCCAACGGAGCGGCUCAGUCCGACAUCCUCACUCUGGAGGAGAGACACAACAUUUUCUUGUGGUAUACUGCCGCCAACAAGCCCAAACUCGAGUUCCCCCUGACCAAAAGGAAAGGGCUCGUGCCCCAAAGGUGUCACCGGUUUCAGUCCUCCGCCUACCGCAGCAAUCAGUGGAGGUACAGAGGCCGCUGCGACAGCAUCCAGUUUGCUGUCGACAAACGGAUAUUUAUCGCCGGACUGGGAUUGUAUGGGUCCAGUUCUGGGAAAGCCGAAUACAGUGUCAAAAUCGAACUGAAGCGGCUGGGGGCCGUGCUUGCCCAGAACCUGACGAAGUUUACCUCCGACGGAUCUAGUAACACUUUCUCCGUGUGGUUCGAGCACCCCGUGCAGGUGGAGCAAGACACGUUUUACAACGUCAGCGCCGUUCUGGACGGCAACGAACUCAGCUAUUUUGGCCAAGAGGGCAUGACUGAAGUACAGUGUGGCAAAGUGACGUUUCAGUUCCAGUGUUCUUCGGACAGUACCAACGGCACGGGAGUACAGGGGGGACAAAUCCCAGAACUCAUUUUCUAUGCAUGAUGCAUUUCACUUAGGCUGCAUUCCAGUGCUGCGGUGCGCAGUUAACGGAUGCUCUGAUUUCACUGCAAAACCAACAAAACAAACCCUCCAGCCGCAGGAAUGUUACCCUACUUACCUAUCUACUUACCACCGGGCUGUCCGACUAAGUGAAGGAAUGCUCUUGAAUUUAAUCUUAUUUUAUUUAUUCCUAAGCUAUUUGACUCAAUUAUUAAACUGCGUCACGCAGGAAAGGGGGAGGGGAGGGGAGAGAUAAAACGAGGGUUAAAGUUUUGCACGAGCCGUGCGUUUAUUUUGUAUAUAGAUAAAACUAACAGCUGACUCAAACGGAAUGUUCUAAAGUAGAGCGGUUUGAGAAUGUUGAAUAUAAAACAUUUUUACUUGUCCUAAAA